AUUUAUAAGGAUCCACGUAAGCUGACAAAUACAGAAGUGUUAUGCGUCUUUUCACUAGUUUGUUGAAUGUGGUUGUCUGGUAUCGCGCAUCGUGCACCUUUGGAUUGCAGAUUCUUUCUCAGUUGAUUCUAAUAGCAGUCGGAGGGUUCAAGCUUCAGUAGGAGAUAUGGAAUUUUAGCUCGAAGUGAAAGCUCUGAUAUACGAACUACGAGAAGAUUUUGGAGUAAACUGUAACCAAGGAAAAACAACGAUCAUGCAGGAGAGUAAGCAGUGCAGCACACAGGCCGUUGUAUUUAAUUUUCUUGAAGCUGUUAGCGUCAACAGACGUAUCGAUGGUGUGGCAUACCGAUAUCAAACUUUGCUACGAUUUGAACUGCUUGUUCGAUCUUGCUAAGUAGGACGUCCUGGAACUGCGUACACAGAAGAAAAUGGCAAAACGUUCCAUUAAGGUACUGCUGGUUGGUGAUGGGGCAGUUGGAAAAACGAGCCUUUGCAGCGUCUUCGUCCAUCACUCUUUUCCACGUGAAUACGUCCCCAUUACAUUUUUUUACUUUUACAGGUUGGACCAGAUCUUCACAAAUAUUAAUAUUGAUGGUAAAACGUAUGUACUGAACAUUUGGGAUACAGCCGGGCAGGAAGACUUUGACAGACUACGCGUGUUGUCAUAUCCUAAUACAGACGUUUUUGUGGUUUGUUACGCUGUCAACUGUCAAAAUUCUUUUACCAACUUGACAGCUAAAUGGAUUCCCGAAUUAACCCAGCAUUAUCCCAAUGCCCCGUUCAUCCUCGUCGGUACAAAAGUGGACAUGAGACAUGCAUCAGAAAGCGAGGGCGUCUUUCCCCCUGGAACGAAAAUUGAUAAUAUUACAGAUUUCCUAUCAGAAUGGGUGUCGUAUCGCAAAGCAAAUCGGAGCUAGCUACUUUGUCGAAUGUUCAGCUUUGAAUGGAACCAACGUAAUAGAAGUCUUUACGAGGGCGGCUGAAACUGCCUUGGGACAACGUAAAAAACUAUGCGUCAUUCUUUAAGAAAUGCUUUUGGAGAAGAUCAUCCGAGGGCAGCACUGUAGCUAGAGUUCAUUUGGCGUAUUCCUUGGCUUACAUUGCUCAGUUAAACUUGUAAAUGUAUGGCAUAAAAAUCUAAUAAUAAGGUAAAAUCUAGCCCCGUGAAUUCCACGGGGUUCUAGCCUCUAGUGUCAAGAAGUGCUAUGGCCCAGUGGAUACCAGGUGGCAUUGGUGGGGUGAUUGUGCUGUACCAGAUGACUAGAAAUGUGAAACAACGAAAAAACCAAUAACUUUUUCGAAAUCAGCGUUCAAUUUUAUUAUUAUUAUGGAUUUUUGUUGAUUGUCAAAAUU